CAAAGACGGAAAAUGAAGCUACCCCAAUUUAGAAUUUUAAAAUUCAGAAUUUAUUGAUCGCAAAUAAAAAACAACAACCACACAACAGAGACAGCACUAGUCUUUCAAUGUACAGGAAAGUCGACGGAGGAUCAUAAACAAGCGGUUCACUAUGACUGUCUUACGCGAGGACUACAAAUUUUCCGCCGCCAUAGACUUUGGGACCACUUACUGCGGUGUAAUGUAUUCGUCGAAGACGGACUUCGAUGACAAGAACCCCUUGUGUAUCUUUGCCGAUCAAAACAACAAAGGAGACACGUCGACUUCCCUCCAAGAGCCAACCACCGUUCUCAUCAACCCACAGAGAAAACUCCAGUCGUUCGGAUUAGAGGCUGAAAAAGAGUAUGGACAACUGGCAGCAAAAAAGGAGCAUGAAGAUUAUUACUACUAUCGUCGCUUCAAAAUGACUCUACACAGACAUGUGGAACUCGCCGAAUACACUAUGUUGGAGGACAUUAGAGGAAAGAAAUUCCGAGCGAUUGAAAUUUUCGAAAUGGCAAUAAGGUGUCUCAAAUCACGACUCCUUGCAAAUAUAAAAAAGCGUGGCUAUUUUAGGGUCGACGAAUCCGAGAUUCGAUGGGUGAUUACUGUUCCCGCCAUUUGGUCAGAUGCCGCCAAACAGUACAUGAGAGAGGCAGCAUGCAUGGCGGGAAUUAAAGACAACCAACUAUUGUUGGCUUAUGAACCAGAGGUUGCAUCAAUAUUUUGCAAAGAAAUUUCUGUUGAUGCCAAGAAAAACAGUUUUAUCAAUGCUCUUAAUCCCGGACAAAAAUUCAUGGUGCUUGAUCUAGGCGGCGGAACAGUUGACGUCACACUACAGCAAGUUAUGGAAAACGGAAGUCUGAAACAGCUUAAGGCACCUAGUGGAGGUGAGUGGGGUGGAGUAGGAAUAGACGAUGCUUUUUACUCAUUGAUGGCAAAAUUAAUCGGCAAAGACAUCUUUGAAAAAUUUAAAAAACGACACAUGUUUGAAUGGAUUGAAUUUCAACAAAAUUUUGAGCAAAAGAAAAGAGCAAUAUCUUUGGGUGGAGAUAUGAUGAUGCCACUACCACAUAAUUUAAUUGAAAUAUAUAAAGAGGAAUCUAAAGGCUCUCUGGAAGAUAUUACGAAGCAAACAACCUGGGAAAACAAAAUAAUCUUUCACGACGGCACUAAUAUGGAGAUAAAAGCAACCAUUCUGAAUGAUUUCUUCAAACGUUCCAUUGAUUCAAUCAUUGAUCACGUGACAGAAAUCUUCCAGAGCCCAAAUGCCAGUGGUGUCAACACAAUUUUGCUUGUCGGAGGCUUUGCUGAGUCGGAAAUUGUACAUUUCAAAAUCAAAGAAGCUUUUAAAAACAAAGAUGUGAUUGUCCCAAACGAAGCUGGAAGUGCCGUCUUAAAGGGUGCUGUGAUAUAUGGUCAUAAUCCGAUGGCAAUAUCAGCCAGAGUGAGUCCAUACACAUAUGGCUUACACACCCGACGUCCAUUUAAUUCCAAAGAAGACGAGGAGAGAAAGAAGACAACGACAAAAGAGGGCAAAGAUGUGGUUACCAAUGCUUUUGAUAAACAUAUUGAAAUUGGGGAAACGGUCUACAUUGCCAAGGAAUUGAAAAUGCAUAACUUUUAUGUGAUUGAUACGAAGAACCCAGAAGUGUAUUGGAAUGUAUAUCGGUCAACUGAGAAGAACCCUCGAUACUGCGACGAAAACUGUGAACGCAUUGGAAAAUUAACCAUUCACUUGCAAGGAUCUGGAUCUGGUAAAAGGAAAGAAUUGGGGGUGCGCAUGAUCUGUCGGGGAACGGAACUGCAAGCUGAAGCCACCGAUACAGAUAACAAGACAUCUUACCGCGCGUCGUUCGAUUUUUUGAAAAGAUAAAAUAAUUUUCUGAUCUACCCUGAAUACGUAAGCAAGUGCAUGUAUUGAUAAUGUCGAAAUCAUGCUAGCAUUCCCCGUACCAAAUCUUUAAAUGUAAUUACUUAACUGUGAUUGGUAUGCCUUCUGUCAUCUAUGUGGAUAUUUAAAUUUGCGAUUUGACGAGUACAAUACUGAUAUAAUACUAGUAUUUAGAAAGUUUUGAGAAUUACACGUGCAAUGAACAAUUUUGUGCUCCAGCGAUCUAAUAUUAUGGGUGGGGUUAUCGUAUUUGAUCUUUCUGUCUCUUCAACAACUACAUUAAUUUUGACUAAUUGUUUUUAAUCAUAAGACAUAGAGGAUGCGACUUGUACCAUGUGUACAUGUAAGUAUAAUUAGAAGCCUCGCUAGUUCUCUGGGGUAAAAGGGUAUAUAGGGUGUAGUCUCUGUUACUAAAAUACAAAAUUUGGUUUUUCAGCAAUAGCUUGGAAGAUAUUUGACUUGGACGUUUAUACAAUGCACCAUAGGUUGAUUUAAUGAAAAGAUUAUUUGGAAUUGCUUUAGGCAUGACGAGGUCGCAGGACGUGACUUCUGUUACUACAAAUAUGAUGUUCAUGUUCCAGCUUUCUGGAGUAACAGGUUUGAAAGGUGUGGGCGCUAUUACUAAAAUGUGUGUUUAGUUUCUCAGUAAUAACUAUAUAAGGGUUUUGGACUUUUAUGUUCAUAUUUACACCAUGGUGUGAUGAAAAAUUUGCAUGGGAUCCUUUCUGAGAUAAAAGGGCGUGAUCUUGUUACUAAAUAUAAAUAUUGAAAAGCUCGGAUUAGAACUUUGUGUUGAAUUGUUUGCUACACACAAAUGUGCUAUAUUAUACAUUGUUAUAGAUUAGACACUUUAUAUCAUUGAAUUUAUUCGACACAUUUUCUCGUAUAUGUACACAAGUGUAUACUCAAUAUUUUCCUUUUUGUAAAAUAUUAUGGUAGUAGGAGACUAACUAAUAACGGAUGUAUAUAUA